CUCCAUGAUUUGCUAGUAAUAAUAGCUACCAAGUCUACUCCAAUUUAAAAUAAACAAAAUUUGUUCCAAAUUAAUAUCUCCCCGAUUUACAAUUUCAUUUGAUUUUUCCAUUUCCAUAUCAUUAGCGUUAAAUAAAUUAUUGUAUUAAUUUCAAUUUAUAUCUAGUUUCCUCCUGGUGAAGGGAAACGAAAAGCGCACAAAAGCUUUACAAAGAGUUUGAAUUUUUUGAGAGAGAACCAACACAGGACGAAUCUUUGUAUUGUGUUGGAAUUCUCUCAUUGCAGUGGGUGAAUUUCACUGCGUAGAUGCAUUCGCCUAUGGAGACUCAGCAGCCGGAGCGAUUCCGGCCGAUGACCUCGACGGUAUCGGAGAUCGAGGAGGUUAUACCCGAGGAGUCCGAUAGAACCACUCUCCUUAACGGCUCUAACGGUUUGUCUUCACCCGAACCGGUGCGUCGUCGAGUGUCCGGUAAGCUGCCGGUGGACGGAGGACCUCGCCGGAUUUGCCGGCAGCAGUCGUUCGGCCAAGAGAUCGGCCACGCGGCGGCUGAGACGUACCUAAUCACUGGUCUUAGCUUCAAACUUCUUCGAUACCUCGGGGUAGGUUAUCGAUGGAUGACAAAAUUACUUGCCCUUACAUGUUAUGCUGUGCUGCUUAUGCCUGGCUUUCUUCAAGUUGCAUAUAUUUAUUUUUUCUCAUCACAAGUCCGGAGGAGUGUAGUGUAUGGAGAUCAACCAAGAAAUAGGCUGGAUCUGUACUUACCAAGCAACAACGAUGGCUUGAAGCCGGUUGUGGUUUUCGUGACUGGUGGAGCUUGGAUUAUUGGGUACAAAGCUUGGGGCUCGCUCUUAGGAAUGCAACUAGCAGAAAGGGAUAUCAUCGUAGCAUGCCUUGACUACAGAAACUUUCCUCAGGGAACAAUUAGUGAUAUGGUGACGGAUGCUUCUCAAGGAAUCUCAUUUGUCUGCAAUAACAUAUCUGCAUUUGGAGGUGACCCCAACAGGAUCUACCUGAUGGGGCAAUCAGCUGGUGCCCAUAUAGCCGCUUGCGCUCUGUUGGAACAAGCUACUAAAGAAUCAAAAGGAGAGAGCAUCUCUUGGAGGGUUUCCCAAAUAAAAGCUUAUUUCGGAUUAUCUGGAGGGUACAAUCUAUACAAUUUGGUUGAUCACUUCCAUAAUCGGGGCCUGUAUCGAUCCAUCUUCUUAAGCAUAAUGGAAGGAGAAGAGUCGUUUGAAAAAUUCUCUCCGGAAGUAAGAUUGAAAGACCCAGUUGUUGGAAAAGCCGCGUCUCUGUUGCCUCCUAUUAUGCUUUUCCACGGAUCCUCAGAUUAUUCCAUACCAUCUGAUGCAAGCAAAACUUUUACAGACGCUCUCCAAGCUGUUGGAGCCAAAGCCGAGCUCAUUUUAUACAGCGGAAAAACACAUACUGAUUUGUUCCUUCAGGAUCCCUUAAGAGGUGGUAAAGACGAACUCUUUGAUGACAUAGUCUCUGUGAUACACGCGGGAGACAAUGAUGCGCUGAACAAAGACACAUUGGCUCCUCCCAGAAAGCGUCUUGUCCCAGAGUUGUUGCUGAAACUGGCUCGUGAGGUUAGCCCCUUCUGACCGCCAAAAACAAAAUUUAAAAGAAUCUUUGGUUACUUCCUCUGUAUUUUCAUCUUUCUGUUAUUCGAUUUGCUUACAUAGUUAUAUAUAAAUAGAAAACUCUCACCUGUUAUGUUGUUAGUAACCCCCUUUUAACCCAGACUUUUAAUCAACAAGAGCAAAAUAGCUUAUCUAUCUAACUUUUAAAGUGUGAGACUGACGUUGGGCUUCAAAAUCCUAAACUUUGUAGAUCCACCAAUUUCAUUUGACACACAUCAAUACGAUCACUUCCACAACUUUGAAAUCUAGAAAAAGCUAAAAUUGGUGAUGUCCAGUUUUAUUAGUCUCAAAAGAGGAUAGAAAUGUGACGACACUUAGCAUGUUUUGUUACUAAGAAAAUGAUGUGAUCAUAUGCAAAUUGGAUUUGUAUUUUCAUUUUUUUUAAUCACCUUUGGACCCACCACGAUUUGCCAACUUGUGGCUCAUGUUCUUCAAUCUUUGGACUCGAAGUCACUUGGCAUAUUCCAAUUGGCUCACUCGGAUCUCCACCGUUUGCCACAUAUGCUUGACCGACCUCAUGUGGAAGUAAACAAACUUCGGACAGGGCAUCAUAUUAUCUUCUCCAUAUCACCAAAGAAGACAGCAUCAUACUAAAACCAAAUGUUUGAAACUUGAGAAUCAUCACUUUAUUAACAAUGAUAAACACUUUACAUACCAUUUAUCUUUUUUUAUUUGAAAUCAUUCUAAAAAGGUGCUAGCUGCAAUAACUUGUGGAACCAUGAUCGUAACACGAUGCCCUAUGGGACUCAAGGUGUUUGUUGCUCUGGAGAAAAACCAAAAUAGUAGUAGAUAGUACCAAAAUAGAUAGAAAGUUGCAACCUUGAUGCUUCGUGUCUGUAACAUCAGUGAUGUGUCAUUCAUGGGCCAGAAGCUAGGCAACAUGUUGAUGGCCGAUGGGUCCCUUAGGAGAAUACAUAGGAAGAGGUGACUACACUGCAGAGAGAGAGAGAGAGAGAGAGAGAGAGAGAGAGUAGUAACUGUUGGUGUAGCUCUCUUCUUCAAUGUUAAGAUAUAAUAAGAAGAAGAAGACUACAGUAGUUCACUUGUUUUUUCCUAAUGGCUGAUUUUUUUCAAAAGCCAAGGUCAGCAUCAAUGGACUGGACCCCAUACACAGCCCUCCUCAGAAACUCAGCCAGCCACAAGAUAACCAAACAACUUUUCAAGGCCACAAACUUCUCGCCACGUGUCAUCCCUCCAUGAUUCUAUCCUUCCUUUUUGCCUUAUUAGUCCCUGCUCCCAUAUACAAUCUCCCUCACCUACAAAAAAAAAACUAAUACACAUCUGAGUUUAUUGUUAUGCUGAAAGAAGAGAGUAAUUGGGCUCAAGCCUGUGAUACAUGCCGCUCAGCCGCCUGCACAGUGUACUGCCGGGCUGAUUCUGCCUACUUGUGCACGAGCUGUGAUGCUCAAGUCCAUGCUGCCAAUCGUCUUGCUUCCCGCCACGAACGUGUCCGAGUCUGUGAAUCAUGCGAGCGAGCCCCUGCUGCCUUCUUCUGCAAGGCAGAUGCCGCGUCUCUCUGCACAGCCUGCGAUUCACAGAUUCAUUCCGCAAACCCACUUGCUAGGCGCCAUCAACGAGUUCCAAUUCUGCCUAUUUCUGGCAGCUCUUACGGUUCCAUGGCCACUAACCAUUCAAGCGAGACAACAACAGUGAAGACAGGACCACAGAACAGAGUGGUGGUGGUGGGUCAAGAAGAGGAGGAUGAAGAUGAAGCAGAGGCUGCUUCUUGGUUGUUGCAUAAUUCAGGUAAAAACAGUGGUAACAACAACAACAACAACAACAGUCAGAACAAUGGGUUCUCGAUUGGUGACGAGUAUCUGGACCUUGUCGAUUACAAUUCGAGUUUGGAUAAGCAGUUCACAGAUCAAUCCAAUCAGUAUCAACAAGACUGCAACGUACCUCAGAGGAGCUAUGGGGGAGAUGGAGUUGUUCCACGUCAAGUCGAAGAAUCAAAUGGUCACGAGCAUCACAACUUUCAGUUUGGUUUCACCGAUGUGUCCUCAGGAGCUGAUCCAAGUUCCAUUGGUUCCGCAAGUCAUAUGGUAAGUUUUAUCGGAGUUGUGCCAGAGUCAACAACGAGUGACACAACAGUAUCACACCCAAGAUCGCCCAAAGCGGUAACGGAACAGAUACUUGACCCUCCAGCUCAGAUGCUGAGUCCAAUGGACAGAGAGGCCAGGGUCCUGAGAUACAGAGAGAAGAAGAAGACGAGGAAGUUUGAGAAGACGAUAAGAUAUGCUUCGAGGAAAGCGUAUGCAGAGACAAGACCACGGAUCAAAGGCCGGUUUGCAAAGAGGAAAGAAGUCGAUGCAGAGGCAGACCAAGACUUCUCCACUAUGAUAAUGUUCGACACAGGAUAUGGGGUUGUUCCAUCAUUCUGAUAUGCUGCUAUGUCUGAACUAGAUUACUUGCAAGUUAUUACCACUGUAAUGAAUAUAGGUCUGUGUUUUUGUAUAACUACUACGGAUUAAUUAGAUAUAUUCUUAUGUUGCCCCUCUAGUUAAUACAAAGUUUUUGCCCACUUGGUAGAAAUGUGAGCAACCACAUAGAAUACUUUUAGCUGUAGAGAGAUAUGCG